GCUGGUGGGCGGUCCUGGCCGCCCUGGCCGCUGGCCUCGCGGGCGGAGGCAGCCUCCGCGUGGUGCUGGGCUGGGCCGCCUGGGCCGCCUCGUUCUUCGUCGGGAGGACCGACCUGCCGCGGCGCGAGGGUGCCGCGCCCGUGGGCCUGCUCGUCGAGGGCGACGGGACGGGCCAGGUGUGCGCGUGCUACGACGACGACGUGAACCUUCGGAGGCACCACAGGGUGCCCCUCAGGCAGCUCUGCCCUGGCGUCUGGGUGCCGACGACUCCCGAUGGCGAGGUGGAGACGCUGGACCUCAGCAAGCACGAGGUCGGCCCCCUAGGGCGGGCGUCCCCGUUCCCGGCCUGGGUUCAGGGGCAGGUCUGUGCGUUCAACGGUCAGACGAGCGAGGACAUCGAGGCGCUGCGGGAGGAGGCUCGCGGCAUCGCCCUGGUCAUGGGCGUCUUCGCCCCGGCUGGGGCUGCUGGCGGCGUCGUGCCGCGCGGGAUCGUCUCGGACCCAGGCUCGCCCGGGUUCUGGCGCGAGCUGGAAUCCCCCCUCAUCGGCUACCCGGAGCGGCUGAUCAGUCGCGACGCUGGGGGCAGUGCGUUGCUCAGCAAGGAGGAGGGGUGGGUCUCGGUCGAGGACGUCCAGCAGGCCGACGAGGCUCGCGGGGGCCAGGUGGCGCUUGUGGAGGCGAUCGCGAGGAUGAACGCGGUCGACUUUGGCGACUGGCUCCCCUGGGGGUCGAAGGGCUCGCCCGAGCUGCUGGCCGCCGCCCUUGUCACAGGGCUGACCCUCACUUCCUACUGUGGGUACUGGGUCUCGGAGUCACGGGUGUCGCGGUACGCCGCGGUGGCCCAGGAGGUGCGGCACGCGUUGAGCCAGCUGCACCGCGCCGCGACCUACGACCUCGUGGGCCCGUCGAGCCGGGCGUCUCUGGAGCACCUGGGCCGCCGGGUGCUGCAGAUCCAGCGGGCAGUGAAGAGGUGCCCGCGCCACCUGAGCUUCGAGGGCCUCGACCUGGCGCUGAGCUGCCCCUUGGACGAGAUCAGAGGCGUCGUGACGUCGAAGUUCGACGCGUGCGUGGCCAAGGAGCUGAAGGCGCAGGGCAUCGUACUGGGGCAGGAUUUGGUGUACCGGGAGGAGCAGGUGUCGGAGGCGAAGAAGUGCGAGAGGCAGGGCGACGACAGGGAAAGGGACCCCAGGGCGGACACAAAGGGCAAGGUGAAUCCGAAGCCCGAGGCCGCCGUGAAGGAUCAGGGCUGA